UUUUUCUGCCACAUACGUUGACGUGUGAACCUGCGCCCAACGACGCGUCUACGUAUAUGAUGUCUAUGCUCGCAACAGCUGCGCUCUCACUACAGGGGAACUACGGCAACCGUGGAAGCUUAAACAAGUCAAUCUACUCUUUUUGAGCUAGUGUGUGCAGUGUGCACUCAUUAGAUAAACUGAUAUCAGUUUAUGGAAAUGGUCGGAAGUUGUAUUUCUCUAUUUUAUUGUAGUGCAAAUUGAUAAUGUACUCUACUGUUCUAUGAUGUCCUGACAGGUUCUAAGUUUUUGUCUGAUGUUGCUGUUUUCCUCCCUCCCAUUUAGAAAUACUGUUAAACAUCAUCUCUUGUGCUUGUCUUCAUGGCCAGGCGAUUAUCACAUUCUCAGUAUGACCAGCAGGCAGCCACUGCUGCUGCGCAGACUUUUCUGUCGGUGCUCAAUCGCACAAUAGAAAAUCCCAGGCAGGAGAGUCAGGGCGUGUCUCCUCCUCUAACUGUCCAAAAUGAGAUGUCCAGAUCAUUCCCUGGAUUUUUCAAAAGAAAAGCUGUGGAAAAACAUGGAAACAAGAAACAAAAAGCAUGGAAAGGAUUUGACAUGGCCUUUUUCUUACUGAGUGAUAAAGCAGAAACAACACCGACCACACAAGAUGAACUGGAGCUACUACAGGCAGGGCUGGGAAAGAGGACUCUCACGAUCAGUAAAGACUUUAGCCAUGAAGAGUUGUCCACUUUACUGGAGAGCACCUACCCGAAAAUGACAAGUCUUGAAGGAGGAUGGCUUCUAUAUAAAGCAGCUGGUGGGCAUGGAAGGAGGAGAAUGACCGCUGUCGCCUUAGAGUCAGAGGGAUACACUGGCUCUGUUCUCAGAAGUGCUUCCUCAGGAGGGAAAUUUAUGUUAUAUAUUGCUCCUCUCCAAGAGAAGAUUGAAAUGACACCACUGCCAAUGGAUGCACCAGAGUUUAGUCUCAUGCCAAAGGCGACAUGCACACAGUGCAAAAUGGUCAUGCCUUUGCAAAUGCUAGCCCUGCAUGUGCAAGGUGAUUGUGAAGGGACGUCUCGGACGACUCUUUGUGAUUCAGAGCAAGAAGACGAGGAGCUUGAUUCCAUUCCUGUGACUUCAGAUAUAGUGCCAUCUUCAAACAAGCAAAAUAAGAUAAUAUGCCCGAUAUGUAACAAAUACUACCCAAUCCAUAACAUUGAGUUCCACGCUAGUAUCUGUGGAGAAAGUUAUAGUCCUGUAAGGAUCCCAGAUGAUGGACCUGAAAGUCCCCAUGAUCUGCAAGAGCCAACACAACAUCCAAUAGAUGACAUCUCAUGUGAAGAAGAUGUUCUGCGUUGGGUUGAUUCAAAAGUUGAGAGGAGUAAGACCUUCGACAUUUGUGUCUCGAGGGACAACAUGCUAGAAAGAGGUCUAAAGCUUUGGCAGCGGCAGAAGACUGGAGGCCCAGCAAACGAAUUAAAAAUUACCUUUAUCGGGGAAGCUGGAAUCGACACCGGGGCAUUAAGAAAGGAGUUCCUGUCUGAGAUGGUUGCUGGGAUAGAGGUGCGACUCUUUGAAGGAGGGGAGAAGGGGAAGAUCCCAAAAUACUCAAUCACUGACCUGGACAAAAACUAUUUCAAAGUUGCUGGGGAAAUAUUUGCAGUGAGUCUAGGCCAAGGUGGGCCGCCUCCACGCUUUCUUCAAGAGUGGUGUUACCAGUUUUUGGUGACUGGGACACUGAAGGACAUCACGAAAGAAAACGUGUAUGAUGCAGAGUUGUCCACAUUAAUCGAAAAGAUUGAAAAUGCAACUGAUGUGACGCAGUACACAGAGGAAAUCCUCAACUGUGGAUACACAGGCCCCAUCACAUUGGAGCAUCAAGACAGUAUUGUAAGAGCUGUUUUGCUACAUGCCACCACGAAGCGUAUACCAAUGCUUCAACAACUGCGAGAAGGCCUUGAACUCUACCAACUGCUGUCAGUUAUGCAAAAGAAACCCAAGGAAUGUCGUAAUCUUUUCGUGAUUGGGGAUGAUGACAAGGUUGAUUCACAUUACAUCAUCUCCAGCCUGGCUCCAGUGAUGAGUGAUACUGGAUCGCUAAAACACAAGACAGAGGCACAGAUACUGGACUUCUUUCAAGAUUUCCUUCUCGACCUGGAGGAUGGUGACGCCAGUCAGACUGAGGAAGAAGACAAUGGAUCACCUCUCUCUGUUCCUCGAGUGAUGCAGUGGCUGACGGGGCAGGCUCACCGACACCUCCUGGUUUCAGAAAGGGAGACUUUUAAAAUCAAAGUUCUUUUUGAUCACACUUGUCUUGAACGCAUGCCAAAGCACACAGUGUGCUACCCUGUUGUGAGUGCAUGCAGCACCACAAUAACAUUUCCCACAGUCCAUCUGAAAGACAGCGAAGCGUUUAACUCCAACCUUGAAUUUGCAAUUCGACAUGGUUCCAGGUUUGAUAGGGUUUAACUUUUGUUUUACUAAAGCUGAUGUGUUUAGUCAGUUAAUUUUAGUUUGACCCUGAUCUUCUUAAACUAUUAGUAAUCAACACUGCAAAAUGUGUCAUGUUGUCUGCUGGGUGUUCUGUUAUUUUCUUGCAACCAUGUAUUUUUUUUUCAUAAUAUUUGCUAACAUGGUCUUGCAUAUAGAAAGGUUCUGAGAUAUACUGUUCAAUUAAUGGUAUACCACCAUUGACAACCCUCCUUCUCUGUGAAACAAACAGAACAAU